AUGUCAUACUGUGAGCAAUACCUCUCGAAUGGUGUUACGAACCGCAAUGGAAACCUUCGCGUCGUAAAUGGCAACAGUAAUCCCAAGCUAGCUGAAGGCGUUUGUCAAGCCCUUCGUAUCCCUGUUACAUCAUGUCGUGUUGGAGCCUUUGCCAACGGUGAAAUCAAUGUCAAGAUUCUUGAGUCUAUACGUGGAGACGAUGUAUUUGUGGUUCAGCCUACUUGUGGCAAUUCAGUUAUCAACGUGAAUCAGGCCGUGAUGGAACUUUUGCUCAUUAUUCACACUCUGAAACUCAGCUCAGCAAGGCGUGUGUUUGCGGUCAUUCCGCAUUAUGGCUACGCUCGUCAAGACCGUAAACAUACUUCCCGCGUUCCCAUCAGUGCAUCUGCCGUGGCACGUAUGAUCACGGAGCUAGGCGUAAAUGGUGUUGUCACGAUGGAUCUGCAUUGUGGUCAAAUUCAGGGGUUUUUUCAUGGUUGUCCUGUGGCUGAUCUUAGUGCCACAUCUGAGUUUGCAGAAUAUGCAAAAAAGAAGGCCUUCAACCUCAAUAAUCUUGUUAUUGUUGCCCCAGAUGCGGGCGCAGUAAAUCGUGCACGACGCAUGGGAGAUCGCCUUGGUGCGAGUCGUAUUGUCACUAUCCUUAAGCGGCGAGUGGAAGCAAAUCAUGUCGACAGCAUGCAGCUUGUGGGUGAAGUGGAUGGAUGCGACUGCAUCAUUGUGGACGACAUGAUUGACACCGGUGGGACUUUGUGCAAAGCGGCAGAAGUGCUGAGAGAAAAUGGAGCAAAGGAAGUACAUGCCUGGGCCACGCACGGCAUUCUCACCGACCCUGCGUGCGAUCGCAUCACCGCAUGCGAGGCGUUGGUUGAAGUCGUUGUAACAGACAGUCUUCCGCAGGUUGAGAGUGUAAAGAAGUGUUCCAAAAUUAAAAUUAUAUCUAUUGCUAAGCUCCUUGCUGAGGCAAUUUACCGCAUUCAUUCCGAGCAGAGUAUCGAAAACGUCGGUGAAAUUCCCGUGCCACAGCACCACAACGAAGACCUCAUCUCGGUGGAUGCGUUGGUAGAGGAGGGUGACUGGCCUCAGAGUGGGAAUCGAUCGAUUAAGAGGCGGAGUGUUGCAUAUCCCGGUAAGACAAGCAGCCAAGAGAAUUCCCCGGGUUUUGUCACGCACUGA